CCGUUUGAAAGUCUUGAAGCUGAAUCUCAGAAAUCAGAGAGACUCGAAAACACCACAGCGUGUUUAACCUCCCGAGGACCUCCACUCUCCACGCACUGCAUUUCUUUCUUUCUUUCUUUCUUUCUUUCUUUAACGUUUUCUGGUUAUAACCUGAACUUUUUACUGAAGUUUGCUGCACUGAAAGUGCUGUCAAGUCUUUGGAAGUUGGUGAAAGUUGAGCGUUUUGUGGUGCAGAGUGUCAUUCAGGGCAGUUCAGAGAAAAGAGUUUGUAACACAAAUAUCCGCAGAACAUGACGAGGACGCGACUUUUCACCGGACAAACGGGACUUUUCUGAGGUCCGCUUUCACCCUGCGCUGAGGGAGAAGAUGAGUUACUGAAACUGCGGGAAAUAACGUCGUUUCUCAAAGGAUAGAUUCUGGUCUCCUGGCUCUCAGCUCCAGAGCAGAUGUGGGAGGAGGACCGUAGCCCCAGUGCCAGCUCGCCUCAGCCUGCAGAUGGUGCCCAUCCUGGACCAGAGACUUCGCCAGUGGAGUGUCCCAAUGGGCCCAGCUCAGGCGGAGAUGGAAGCAGCGAGCACGCCGAGCAGGAGCCAUGCAUGGAGGAAACAACAAAUACAGACAACAUCGACAGAAACAACAGUGUAUCACAGCUGGAUUUCAGCAGCAUGCCCAGCAAAAGCAUCACAUGUCAACCUCAGGCCAGAUCUACACCCUUGCAGAAGUCAUUAACCAGCCCCUCGGAGUCCGCAGCGCUUCUGAAAAAUGGCAAGUCUCUGAAACACCAGGUGCACAGCAAUGGUGUCAAGAACGGAGCAGCAUUCUUGCGGGCGUCAUCUUCGGCAUCCUCGUCUUCGUCUGCACAUCAUAAGCACCCCAAGAAGUUGCAGUCGAACCCGUCGCUUAACAGCCAGAGCAGCAAGAGGAGUAAAGGGAGUUCGAAGUCCAACAGCUCGCAGAUUCCUACAGAGGCCCAGGAUGACUGCUGUGUGCACUGCAUCCUGGCCUGCCUGUUCUGCGAGUUCCUAAUGCUGUGCAACAUCGUCCUGGACUGCGCAACAUGCGGCUCGUGCGCCUCCGAUGACUCGUGCUUCUGUUGCUGCUGCGGAUCGGAAGAAUGCGGCGACUGCGAGCUGCCUUGCGACAUGGACUGCGGCAUCAUCGACGCCUGCUGCGAGUCGGCCGACUGCCUCGAGAUCUGCAUGGAGUGCUGCGGCCUCUGCUUCUCAUCCUGAGCCUCCUGCAGGGGGCGCUGCAGUGUUCGCUCAAAACUUCUCGAGAGAAGUUCUCGGUGGGAAAUGUGAUCAGAGGACUCCUUACUCGCCGUCAAGGUUGGUUUGCCAAUGAGAAGCGUGAGAAAUGCUGCGACUGAGGUCCAGUCCCGUUUCCCCGAGCUUGGUGAUUGGGUUCUAGUUCAAUAUGCUUGAAGUCAGAGACUUUCAGCCUUGUGCAAGAAUUUUGGGGCGUUCUCUGUUUUUUUUUUUUUGCAGUCUGGUUUUAGACUCUUCCUCCUGAUUCAUAUUAAGCAUUCCAACUCGACUGGAAGAGAAAUCUUUAAGACAUAGAACCUUGCUAAUGGUGGUAGAAGUUGUAGCCUGGAAAUUCAAAGAAUGAAUCUCAGCACUGUUGCUUAUUAUGUUGGUGCACCAAAUCCCAAUGCAUCCAUGUGAAAAUUUAUAUUGUAGGUAACGAAAUCUCGCGGGAAGUUUUUGAUGACACAAGGUUCAACUUUAAAGGUUUUUAAAAUGGUGUAAGUAUUGAUUUUUUUUUUGGGGGGGAGCUGCACAUUAUUAUUAUUAUUAUUAUUAUUUUUUACCUUUAACAGUUCCAUAUUACAUUAAAAAAAAAAUCAUGCUUGAAUGAGAACUCACUGAAUUAUUAUUUUUUUAAACAUGUUGUCAUCUUUUUACGGAAGCCGAGAGAGGCCCUUCAUAUAAUCCUUUUUUUUAUUCACCUUGUUAUCCCGAGAUAACGACAUAAUUAAUUCAGGAUCUCGCGAAAACAACACAAUUAAUUCGAGAUCUCGAGAAAACAAAACAAUUAUUUCAUGAUCUUGAGUAAACAGCUGAGAAAUGGUUCAUUCAGGUGCGCCAAGAGACUUGUGAUAUGCUGACUUUGGGGCUAUUUCUCAUUCUGUAUAGACGCAACUUUGGUCAUUAGAAUGUCUGGAAUAAUCGAUCACCUAAUAAGGCAAUAUUUUGAUCAGGGGUUGACACAGGGAGAGAUUGCAUUAAGGGGGCGCAGCUCUGCUAGAAAUCUCAGCUGUUUUCUCGAGAUCAUGAAAUAAUUGUUUUGUUUUUUCGAGAUCACAGAAUAAUUGUUUUGUUUUCUCGAGAUCUCGAAUUAUGCCGCUUUUCCACUACCAACGCGGCUGAGUUGGGCUGAGCCGUGCCGUGCUGAGUUGGGCUGAGUCGAGCUGAGUGGGGCUGUUGGAGUUGCAUUUCGACUACAACCGCGCUGAACCGUGCUGGCUGAAAGUGGGUGGACACAUUGGGUGGAGUUAGCGAAAGUGGGUGGACGUCACGUGAUGUCGUUAGGCGGCGCAAACAGUGACAUCAGUGACCUUUUAAGUGGUAGUCUCACGACCCGGAUAGUAAACAAUAAACAUGGAGUCGUUAGUGUUGCUGGUCUUGGUGCUGUGGCUUGUUGUCACCGACAACGCCAACAGAUACUGGCAAGAGCGUAUAGAUGAGGCGAGGCGCAUAAGGCUUCAGAAAUUCUCGUAAUUCGUAAUUCUUCUUCUUCCGGGUUUACGGUGUUUACAGAUCCCAGCGUGCUCGCGGAACGUGUGUGGGCAUGUGAGGACACUCCUCCUCACCAAUCAGUGCACAGGGGAGUGUCUGCUCACGCCUCUAGCCCCACUCGGCUCGCUUUGGCUCGCUUCAGCCCUACUCCAAAACCGUGCGAGUUUUGGGGGCUGAGCAGGGCUGAAGCGAGCUGAGUCGUGCUGCUCUGAGGUAGUCGAAACGCGAGCCAUGUCGGGCUGAAGUGAGCUGAAGUGAGCUGAAAAAGGGUAGUGGAAAAGGGCCAUUAGUUGUGUUGUUUUCUCGAGAUCCUGAAUUAAAGUGCUGAUGACACGUUUUUGACAUUUUUGGCGAUGUUUUAUAACAUAAAAAGUAAUUCCGGAUGAUCCAUAUAUUAAUUCACGAAGGCGCCUAUUUUACAAGUUAUGAUAAAAAACGCAGCUAUUUGGGCAAAUUUGACAGGGCUGCAGCACCCAGGAGACGAAAGAGGAGGAGGAGCUAUAUGACGUCAGCGAAAGAAUCUUCCUCCUCACUUACCAGUUUGUUGUUGAUGCGAGAGGUGUUCAGUUUAUCAUUAUUAGUAUUAUUAUUAUUAUACAUUAUUAUAAUAUAUAUAUAUAGUUAUUAUGCCUUCGCGUUGUGUUGCCGGAUUUUGCUCCAAAACCCACAAGGAUGGGGUAAGUUUAUUCAAGUUCCCCAGAGAUCCCGAGCUGCAUGCGAAGUGGGUGAAGCAAGUCAGGCGCACUCGUGACAAGUGGGAGCCCUCACCAACAUCCGUCCUGUGCUCUGAACACUUCGAUUUGGAUUGUUUUGACACCCUUCCCAGCUUAAAAGAAUCUCUUGGGUGUUCAGUUCAGCACAAACGUGUGCUGCUACCAUCAGCAGUGCCUACAGUAUUCCGGAGGGGGUCUACUAGUAGCUAUGCCGGAUCCAGCAGUCGCCUGGGACAAGGCGACUCCUCCAAAGACAGUCCUCCUGUCAGAACAUGUGUUGAGAAACGACAUAAGAUAAAGGUACGUAGAGCUAUAGAGUGCUCCGACAUGAUGCUAAAAAUAGUAACCAUGCGGUCUGCGCGGCCAUCUUGUAAGUGACUCGCUCCAGAGCGCUCAUAGAGUACACAUCAUAGAGUACACAUCAUAGAGUACACAUUCAUGAUAAUCAUAAAUGUAAUCAUAAAGUCGGCUUGAUAUCAGUCAUGUAUUUGCUUGUGAAAGCUUGUUUCUCAAAGCAAACACUGAGGGAAAGCUAACUUAGCCAGACAAGUAGGCUACAGAUUGUCAUUUGCUUACGCUGAUGUAGGUUAUCAAAUAUUUUGCUUCAUUCAAGGAUAAAACUAAGAAGCCAUAAACUAGAAGACGUGCCUGCCAAUAUUAUCCUAAAUGUAUCACGGAUCAGGCAUAGUCGUAAGCUUAUUAUGUUAGCCGUUUGCAUGCUCCAUUAGGAACUAUGUAUUCAGUGUAGCAUACGGCUUACAUGAUAUAAGCAGUGUUUACACAUGCAAGACAACAAUACACAAUAUUAAAAUAUUGAUUCCGUAACAUUUUGAACAAAUACGGGUUGACCUACCAAUCCUUGUUAUCCAACCUUGUGGUGUUCAAUGCUGGGCUGUCUGCCUGUCCGCUGUCCAUCUCGGAGUCGGAGUCGCUCUCAGAUCGCACAGUAACAGGUUCAAACCUGUACGGUUGGAUGCACCCGUGUUCGUCAUCACUUGAUUCUUCCGAUCUAUCCCACUCGCAACACAAUUCUAGACUCCCAGAAGAGGAAGAGCUAGAGAGUUCACCGGCGUUUUCAUGCGCCAUUUCCAUUGAGUAGACAGCCAGUGAACCGCAGCGUGUUCUCCCGCUGACGUCACAGCAUGGCCGCGAGCCACGGGCCCAGUUUUCUUGUGCUGUGCAAUUAAAAGUUGGACAUUCGCGUAACAACAGCUUCUUUUCACGUAAUUAUAACAGAAAUCUAACAUGUUUGCCAUGUUGUAUAGUUUAUUUAAGAAAUUGCAUAGAGUCAUGUUCGUGUCAUCAGACCUUUAAUUAUGUCGUUAUGUCGGGAUAACAAGGUGAAUAAAAAAAGAUUAUAUGAAGGGCCUCUCGCGGCUUCCGUAUCUUUUUGAAGCAGCUUCAAUUUAUAUUCUCCAGGAAACCGUAACCAGAUUUGACUUCAUCGGUUUGGCUACGCUGACGGCACGCCGUGUCGUCAACACAAUGUAAAGCAAAAGAGUUCCCUUUAUAUAUGCAUCGUUACUGUAGUACUUUGCUGGUCAUAAACUGUGAGCACAGGACUGAAAUGGACAUGAGCUGGAGAAAGAGCUGCCUUUAUUUAAAGACUUUCAUGCAAUGCACAGGUUUAACGAUGCCUUGUAUUUACUCAUGUGAACAGAGAGAUCUUUAUCCCAUCCUGUGAUUUUUUUUGUUUGUUUGUUUUGUUUUUCCUUUUCUUUCUAUUCCGUUUAUCAUGUAUUCAUUUUUCUGAUUUCUAAUUGUUCUUUAAUGCUGGAGGUUUUUAAAACUAUUCAAAACGGCAAAAGUGCUACGCAAGUAUUAAUUACACAUCCUUUUUUUUUUUUAAAGUAGGGUUGCACUGAAAUUUUGGCCACUGAAUAUUUGGGGGAGGAAAUGAGCAAAAAUAUCACUUUGAACCUGAACUUUUACUUAAAUGCUAGGGUGCAUCAGUUGCCCCCUAAAAACGAAAAGUUCCUCCGAUCAUGAUGCAUUUUUGUUUUUAUGUUCCUUUUGGUAAGAAAACACACUGGGUGAAAUAUUUUGACAAAAUUCAAAAGUUUAAUGGUGGCACCAGGAGCUCAAAGUUAUGGAAAAAGCUGCUAUUUUAUGACUUUUAUGACAAAAUUUCAAUCACUUUUCAUGAAACAUUAUGGCACCUUAUAGCACGGGCGAUUGCUCUAAGACAGCGAGGGAGGCUCAGCCUCCUCUAAAAAUGACGAACAUCGUGUAGGAUGAAUUGCGCUAGGCUUAUGUUAUAGCCGACCUUAUAACAUUGCUAUUUCAGAUCCAGAAUCACAGAAAUAUGUGCUCAACCCAACUACAGUGCGAAAUCAUUCCGUUAUAACUUUCCCCAGUUCGCCUAAUGUGUGCGUGAGUUUUUCCCCCUCGUGACAGCGCGAUGCAGCCCAGCCUCAGUGGAUUGGGAGCUAUGUGCUUGUCAAUCUCAAAAUGCAAGACGAUUAUUGGACAAAUACUGCGAAAAUGCCCGCCCACAGAGUCUCACGGACUCCCAGCCUCAAUGGACUUCAACGGCAUUUGGGAGCUCUGCGCUUUUCAAUCUCAAAAUGCAAGACGGUUAUUGGACAAAUACUACGAAAAUGCCCGCCCACGGACUCCCAGCCUCACAUGGGAGGGACAUGGCAGUUUCCGCGAGGAGACUGGUGAUUGGUGAAAGCGGCCGGAUAUUUUCUUUGAUUGACAGCUCAUUUCAACUAUAGACAGGCAGCGGACAGUGUUGCCAGAUCGGGCGAUUUCCCUCCCAAUUGGGUGGUUUUAAGUGCAUUUUGGUGGGUUUUGAACAUAUUUUGGGCUGGAUAACGUCAGCAGUCUCUGGCAACAUCAGUUCAGUCCCAUGCGGAUUCGCAAGUGCUGUGGUGUAUUGUAAGAGCUCAGCUUACAUUUCGAUUUCAUUCAUUACAUACGGUUUCUACCAGCUUUUUUAGUUUGUAUAUAUUUUCAUUGUAAAUAAAGUGUAAAUAUAGUGUUGUCAAGUUUGCUAUCUUAGUUCCAGAAAUUGCGUUUAUUUGAGUGACUGAACUUGAACUUGAGGGGGCUAGUCAGCUAGCAAGAAAGCUGUGCACGGAUGCCAAGCAUUGCUGAUUUAAUUUUGGCGAAGCCAUUUGCCAGUCUUCCUUUCGAGGAAAAAAUUAAAAUUAAAGAGCAGGGUAGACCAACACCUCAAAUUGACUUGGUGAAAA